AGCGAAACUUGCGCCUGGCUGGGAACCUCAUGGGUGGCCAUCGUGAGGCACUGGAGGUGAUGGAAUUCAUUCGAAGUGGUCAAAUCAUGCCCCGCAUCACCAAAGUGGCGCUCAAAGAAGUGCCCGAACAAAUGCAGCGUAUGGCCAAUAACCAGACCACUGGCAAGCUAGUGGUAUAUAUGUGAAAAAGAUCGGAAAACAUCCUACUGCCCAUUGUUGGAACCAAGGUAUGACAAGAAAAGAAAAACAAAGUGGAGGAAGAAAACGAACUUGUGAGCC